AUGGUUCGUCUUGCCUCUCUUUUGCAGCUUGCCCCGAUCACUCUUUCUUGGGGAGCUGUCCUUCCUCGUCAAGUCCAAGAAUACGAUGCCAUCGUCAUAGGAGGCGGACCUUCUGGCCUGAGCGCUCUCAGCGGUCUCGCUCGCGUGCGGCGUAACGUGCUCCUAAUCGACUCGGGCGAGUAUCGCAACGCGAAGACCAGGCACCUCCACGAUCUGAUCGGCUUCGAUGGCGUCACACCUGCAUACUACCGCUGGGCAGCCCGCGAGCAGCUCAAGCACUACGACACGGUCAGCUGGACCAACGGCACGGUGACGAGCGUCCGACCCACCGGCAACUCGACCUACACCUCCUUCACCAUCUCCUCGACGGGCCCCGACGGCAACUCGCAGCAGACGUACCAAGCGCGCAAGGUUGUCCUCGCCACGGGCAUCCGUGACCUCAUCCCCUCCACACCCGGGCUGCAGGAGAACUGGGCCCAAGGCAUCUUCUGGUGCCCGUGGUGCGACGGGCACGAGCACGCGGACCAGACGCUCGGCCUGCUCACGCCCUUCUCCGAGGUCGCGACGACGCUGCAGGAAAUCCUCACGCUGAACCGCGACGUCGUCGCCUUCGUCAACGGCACCGACACGCCCGAGAACCGCGCCGCGGCCGCGAAGGCGUUUCCGGAGUGGGAAGCAUACCUGCAGCUGCACGGCGUGCGCAUCGAGAACCGCACCAUCGCGAGCUUCACGCGCCUGGCCGACGGCGAGGACGCCUACGACGACGCCGACCCGAGCCUGCCGACUGUGCCCGAGUACGACAGCUUCCGCGUCGAUUUCACUGAGGGUGAGUCCGUGGAGCGCGCGGCGUUCUUGGUGUCUUUCCCCAAGGAGCAGGCGUCGGACGUUGGGGCGGAGCUGGGCGUCACGCUCUACGGGGACCGCUUGUUUGCGAACCAGUCGGCCGGACUGAUCACGAAUGUGCCGGGCGUGUACGCUGUCGGCGAUGCGAACACGGACAACUCGACCAACAUUCCGCACGCGCUGUGGAGUGGUAAGCGGGCUGCGGUCAGUCUGCACGUGAAACUCGAGCGUGAAGAUGGACAGAUAGCACUCGCAGGUGGAAACUUGACGAAGAGGGCAGAUUUGGAUGUGAGGUCGCUUUGGGAGCUCAUGAACGACGAGCCUGGCCAGGCUCUUUAUGCCGGAGAGCUUGACCAGUAG